UAUUUUCUAAAUCAAAUUUUGAAAAACUACAACAAUUCGCGAUUCUCUUUCUUCUCGGAGGAAGGAGAGCGAGAAUUAAGAAGGAAAAAAUGUCGGAGAAGAAGAGAUGGGUUGCGAUGUAUACGAAGCACAUGAAGCAGAAGAGAAAGGUCUAUCACGAUGGCUUUCUGGAUUUGCACAUCACCAGAAAAAAGGUGAUGCUUUAUGACGAGGCCGAUAAUCUACUUGAAAGCAAGAUGUUAAAGGCUGACGAAGUUGUGAGCUCAGGUGAAACACUCACAUUUCAAGCAUAUCUUGUGGAUAUAUGCGAACCAGAUGGUGGAAGCAAGCCUUCAUCUGAUAUAAAGGUUCAACCAAGUGAUCAAGGGUGUGCACGGAAAUCAUUUGCAGUGCUCAGGCCAAAUUUCAAGAAAAAUUCUCUUCAUUCUGAAGAGAAGAAACCUAACAUUGUGAAUAAAUUCCCGUCAAAUAGUCUCAGCCCUUCUCAGAAAAUGAUUAGAGUAUUCAAAAAGAGAGAAUUGCACAAGUAUGGGGCACUAAGUCCAGACACUGUAAAGCCAACAACAAAAGGUUCACCUCUUGGCUCAGCUAAUAAUGGAAGCACUAAUAAACCCUUCAUUAACUCUCCUUGUGAUGGAAGGUCCGGUACAGAUUCAAGGCGAGAGAAUGAUAAGUUAAGCAAGGAUGUUCCUCCACAUAAGCCCUUACGUGAUGUAAACCAGAUACUCUCCAUUCUUCAGAGACCGAGUGUUAUAGAGACAUGUUCUGAUAAUCAUAAUCUAGAAACGUCAGUGUCGUCAACAAAAAUACAUCCAGAAUCUGAUACCAGCAAAAAACAGAAAAUGGAGUCUGUUUCAUCCAGUGCAGCAUCUAAGAGUUCACUUCCCCAACAGUUUAUGGUUCGAGAAACGUCAACGGCCACAACAACUGUUUGUUCAAUGACUCAUCAGAGCGACCCUCCGAGUUUUGACCUCGGAAUUUAAAGCAAACAUAAAAUGUCACUUUUUACAUAAACAGGUAACUUUUUUUUUUUUCAUUUUACAUAAGUAACCAGAAACAGUGUAUUAUUAUUUGUGGAACUCAACGAAGUACAA